UUGAGCUCGUGGCAGCCACCACCAGUCGGCAACAACCUCCAUUCACAGCACAGUGGGGGGAGCGAAAGCGGCAAAUCAACCAACCCCGCGCCAUCCCAUUUCCCUCACCAACCCACUAGACCAUGGCCGCCGCCGCCGCCGCGCCCACCGUCGCCAAGUCGCCGCCGGUGCUCGUCCCUCCAGCGGGACCCACCCCGGGUGGCGUGCUGCCGCUCUCCUCCAUCGACAAGACCGCCGCCGUCCGCGUCUCGGUCGACUUCAUCCAGGUCUUCCCCCCGUCUUCUUCCGAUGGGGCCGCCGGGGACCAGGUGGCCGCGAUGCGCGAAGGGUUCGCGAGGGCGCUGGUGCCGUACUACCCGGUUGCCGGCCGCAUCGGGGAGCCGUCCCCGGGCGACCUCGUGGUGGACUGCACCGGCGAGGGCGUCUGGUUCGUGGAGGCCGCCGCGAGCUGCUCGCUCGCCGACGUCAACGGCCUCGAGCGCCCGCUGCUCAUCCCCAAGACGGAGCUCAUCCCCCGCCCUCCCCCGGAAGAGAAGCUCGAGGACCUCAUCCUCAUGGCCCAGGUCACGAAAUUCACCUGCGGCGGAUUCGCCGUCGGGAUCUGCUUCAGCCACCUGGUGUUCGACGGGCAGGGCGCGGCGCAGUUCCUCAAGGCGGCGGGCGAGCUGGCCCGGGGGCUCCCGGCGCCGUCGGUGGCCCCGGUGUGGGACCGCGAAGCGAUCCCGGACCCGCCCAAGCUGCCACGCGGGCCGCCGCCGUCGUUCACGGCGUUCAACUUCGUGACCCAGGUGGUCGAGAUCUCGCCGGAGAACAUCGCGCGCAUCAAGGACGAGUUCAAGGCCGCGACCGGGGGGCAAACCUGCUCUACCUUUGACGCUGUGACGGCCGUGAUUUUCAAGUGCCGUGCGUUGGCGGUGGAGCUACCCGACGACGCUGAAGUCCGGCUCGGCUUUGCCGCCAGCACGAGGCACCUCCUCCAGGGCGUGCUGCCGUCAGUGGACGGCUACUAUGGCAACUGCGUGUACCCUGUGGGCAUCACCCGGAGCAGCAAGACCAUCCGGGAGGCGGCGCUGCCGGAGGUGGUCAGCGUGAUGCGUGAGGCCAAGGAGGCGCUCACCGUGCGCUUCACGGACUGGAUGCACGGCGACGCCAAGGGCGACCACUACAAUGUGCCCCUGGACUACGGCACCGUCACGGUGUCUGACUGGAGCCGGGUUGGGUUCAACGAGGUGGACUACGGCUUCGGCGAGCCGGGGUACGUGUUCACACUCAAUGACGACGUCAACAUCGUCGCGUCGGUGAUCUACCUGAAACCCCCGACGCCCAAGCGCGGGAUCCGGCUCAUGCUCCGCUGCGUGGAGGAGCCACAUGCCGCUGUAUUCGCCCAAGAGCUUGCCAAGUACGCUUAAGCUCGAUGCUUCUUCUCAGCGAUGGGCAUGUACAUGGAUAUGCUCGUGCAUGUAACACCCUCUCACUGUACUUUUUCUUCACACUGGUGUGUGCAAUGUUUUCAUAUAGGUCACCUUCUGGUCCUUUGUGCAGAUAUAAACACUGCAGUAGUAUUUGUCAUGUGUCGAUUUCUUUUCAAUGUGGAUAGUUGUAAACUGCCAACCACAAGAAUGAAUAAAAUCCAGAUUAUGGUA